GAAGCAGGACGCCGGUGUUGUGUCGUAGAGUGCACCCCUGCCGAAUGCACCCCCUGCUAGUAGCCAUGAUCCAAAUACUCGCGUCUUUGUAAAAUAUGAGCUCAUUUGAACGUAUUUCCUCCGCACCCUUCUCACCUUUUCAACCCCUGACCCAUUUUCAUGCCUGAAGCGCUGUGUUUGAGAAAUACUUGCGGCUGGGCACUUCAUAUCGCGGGUCGAGAGUGGCUAGAAGCUGGUCGAAGCCAGGCUUUUCAACGGUAGUUAUUGGCAGCAUGUCCCUCGCUAUGGAGCAUGUUACUGCAUGGGUGAUUUCCUUAUGCCGCUCGGACGCUUUGUCGUAUUUUUGUUAAGAAACGAAGUCCAGUUUGGUCUGCUUCACAUGCUUUGUGCUGGUGCUGGCAGCGGUUCCAGAGGAUUCCUCCGACGACGACGACGUGGAGCCGCGGCGCGGCCGACACAGCUCGUACUCCUGCGGGUGCGACCGGUUUAGAUGGUAAAACAAGUCGGUUGUGUUACCAGACUUGGUUUUUACUAAUUCUCUGCAAAUUAUGCAAACGACCGCUGUUCGCUUUUUGUCAGACUUCUAAAAACCAAAACAUUGCCAUGCUGGUGAACUACUGAAACCUUUUUUCGGGACAAUUUCCUCCGCUUCUCCUUGCUGUAUCAUUUUUUCUAAUACACGUGCUGUCUGUUGUGGUUUGAUAGGGGAUGGGCUUGGUGCCGUAGCGUACCUGGGUCUGCGUUUGUGAUUGGUUGGGAGGAAGUAAUGACUGUAGUAAAAGCUACAUGAUAGGCUAUGAUGAGAAAGAAAGGGAAACUGUGUUUUUCUAUCGAACUUUUUAUCGACCCGUUUUUUUUCUAUCGCACCACACGUCUAUCGAUCGAUAUAUAUUAUUAUCGAAUUAUCGUCCAGCACUAGGUUAUAGUCGUCUGUUUAGCCCAUAGACUGUAUCUACUACGGACAACUUGGCUCCUCCUCCCGCCUGUUUACAGAUUUGAAGCCAAAAAGUUCUCGAUAUUUCCGUGAUUUUUCUCCACUUCCUGAAACCAGCGCCGCGCAGUAGCAUUGUUCGCAUUCAGCCGCGCAGUCGCAGAGAGUCGCUGUGAUGACGCUCGGCUCAAACAGCGUAUCCCCGGUGAUCUACUCAAUCUCUGUCCUCCCAUAGGCUGUAUCAGGUGUCAAUCAUAGAAAACAUGAACCCCCUAAUAACUUUUAAAAAUAGAGCUGUACAGAAAAAAGAGGACUUGAGCACAAACCAGUCUGACAGUAACUACAUGUCAACAUCACAACCAGGGGGGAGAAACAUUUAUAUUCUGUGUCAUUCAUUUAUAAAGUUUGUCCACAGCUCCAUAAGGAGGCGGAGUUUAGGACCUAUACUGCAGCCCGUCACCAGAGGGCGCUGUUCUCAGAGAGAAGAGACAGAUGGCGUCUGUUCUAGAUACGGUCUACGGUUUAGACUGACCUGUACUCCAGUCUGAAACUCACGGGAUCCGUGUUCCUUCAGCGUCCCGUGUUUCGCAGCAUCACACACAGGAAGAGUGUUGCAGCGCGUCUCAGCUCUGCACCAGAAGCGUCUUCACGCGCUGCUCCACCAAAGAAACGCACUGAGCCUGUUUUUGACGGAGCACGGGCCCGGGGGCGUCAGUCUGCACAGAGACGAUAUUUUAGAAUCAGAAAAAUUUAGAAAUAAAGAAAUUUUUAAAAAGAGCACAAUUUAAAAAAAAAACUGUAAAUUUGUGGACACAUAAAAAAUUAAAAUAUAAGUAAAAAUAAUCUGAUCUAAAAAAGAUAAGACUCAAAAUAUUUGGAAAAAUUAACAUAUAAAAAUAAAAAACUUUCAACAUCACAAAAAUAUUUGAAGAAAAAAAACACAAAUUAAAUUAAAAAUAUAAAAAUACUUUUGGAAACAUAAAUGGAAUUUUCAAAAAUUCUUAUGAAAAACAAAAUAAUUUGGAAAACCAAAAAAAAACAAUUUUUUUAAUGAAUUAAUUAAAAAAACUCAAAAAUAUUAUGAAAAGAUUUUAAAGUAACAAAACAAAAUUUUUGGAAACAAACUUUUUAAAAACAUGAAAAUAUUUUAGAAAAUAAAAAUAUUUUUGCUGAGAGAAAAAUUUUUGAAACGUGAGCUCUGAUUGGAUAAAACUGCCGUUUUGUGUAUUUCAUCAUAAAAUUCUGAUCAAAUUUAAUGUGAGAAAUAUAAAAAUCAACAGUUUGACAAAAGUUAACGUCACAUUUUGAAUAUUUGAAUCAAAUCUAUCGAAGUGACAAACGAGGAGAAACUAUGAGAGUGUUUUUGAGGCUGACGGAGAAUCAGAGACAAAGAAAGAGAGAUGAAGAGGAGGAGGAGGAGGAGGAGAGAGGCUGACAUGGAGAAUAUGGAGGCUCAGAGAGGACUUUGGGGGGGGGGGGGCUGAGGGGCUGAGGGGUGUGUUUGUUGUGCGUACCAGUCGGUGCAGUGUGUGAAAUGUGAACUGUGGAGUGUGUGUCAGCGUGAGGAGGAGGAGGAGGAGGAUCCUCUCCCUCUUAAAGCCGCUGAGGAAGAGUGAGAUCUGCAGAGCUGAGAGAGAGCAGCACUGAUCAGGGACACACACUCACUCACACACACUCACACACAUACACACUCCUACUGACUCUUAAACACACACACUCACACACACACACACUCAUCAGACAAGGACAACAGGCCUUUUGUGCACACACACACAAACACACACACACUUCACUGGACCCCGGACUGACCUUUGAGGAUACAUCUCCCCCAGGACUCUGUUUCCCAUCAUGCACCACAGGAGCCUCUCUGAGCUUCAGGGGGUCUCCGCUCAGCAGGGGGCCUCAGCUCUAAGGACUACCCAGGAUGGCGCCUCUUUUUGGGGCUCCAGGCUAAGAAAAGGGGGGUCUUCCCGGUGCCGGGCAGCUCCUCUUUGGGCUUGGCUCCUGCUGGGGGCCCUGCUGGUCCCCGGAGCCCGGGGCUUUCUGAGCGAGGAGGCGGAGGAGCUGCUGGUGGAGCUUCACAACCAUUACAGAGGACUGGUUUCUCCCACCGCCUCGGCCAUGAUGCCUCUGGUAAGACACCUGCAGACUGGGGCGAAGGUCAGGUUUGAGCUGAUGUUCUUCUCUCUGACCUCCAAACAGAAAGUCCUCCUGAUUCUCACUGUUUUAAUCUUUGGGCUGAAGUUAAAAGAACAGAGAAAAUACAAAGUUUAAAAAAAAAAAUCACAUUUUAAAGUGACGGACGAGUCGAGGAGCUUUCUCACCGAGACUCUAACGGCACUGAGGAGUUCAGGGCAGUGAGGAGCCCUCACGUCUGAAAAAGGCUAAAAACACAACGAGCCGUCUUUGGGCUCCUUCUAGCAGUAAAACAUGAGAGAAGUUUCCUCUGGGUGAGUUUCAAAAGUGUCCCUCUGACGGCCUGAUCGUACACUGAGCUGACAUGUGAGGGUUCAAACUCGCUCCAACAUUUGAUUUACAUUCAAUGACUUUGUUGGAAAAUUUCACAUCAAACCUGCAGAAUCUGAGAGUUCAGUUUUGUUCAGUUUUGAACAUUUUUGAUCAUUUUUGAACAUGAAUAAUUUUCUGUUUCUUAGUGUUGUGUUGUUUGUGAACGAUUCGAUCAAAAGAACCAGAUCUUUUAAGUGAACGUACUGAACCGAAUCACUUCCUCGAGUGAUUCGUUCGUUUCUCACGUCAUUAGAGCUGAAGUCAGAAACAUCAUUACCAGGCCAGCAGCCGGCGAACGAGGGACCUCAUGAACCGACGCCUGAAUCACUUGGUGAACGAAUCACACGUUGAACUUCACUCUCUGGAAUCAUUUUUGUUAAUUAUUAAACCUGCAGCAUCCUGUGACUGCAGCGGUUUGUGAGGGAACGGUUCAUGUUCAGUGUGAAUUCUUCAGUGAAUGAAUCUCUAACUGACCCUGAUUUACCGAACAGAUCUGAUAAAUAACAUGAAAAACAUCACGACUUCCAAAAAGUUCAUUUUAUAAACCAGUUUAAGAAACACAGACAAACACUCGUCUCCAGAAACUCUGAUCUGAACUGAACCCUGAACCGUUCGGCUGUGAAUCAGUUCAGGAGUCACAGGCUCCUCCCACUAAAUGAUUCAGUAAUUCUGUGAACGAAUCUUUUGAACGAAUCUUUUUAGUGAACUGAUUCUAGUGAUUCAGUCUAAAAGAGCUGACGUGCCCAAAGUAAAGCCUGAACCGUCUCUUCAGAACUGAGCGGUCAUAAACUUCUCUGUAGAAGGUCGGCUGAACUUCCACAUAGAUGAUUGACACCUGCGGGGACCAAUCGUCUGACAGACCUCAGAGUCUAACCCGAGUGAGGCGGGGUCUGUGUGUUUGAAGUUAUUGGAUCAUAUCAGUAAAAAACGGACGCCGUUGAGGUCGAGGUUCCUCAGGUCUCAGAGGGAGGUUUGUCUGUGUGUCGUCUGCGUAGAGAAGAACCCGGUUCCUGAGUGGCCUGGGUCGGAUCAGGGUUCGUCUCGAUUAUUCUGGGUUCAUGAUGAGUUUCUGAUGAUGCUCUUGGUUUCUUAGAACGGGUCCUCUGGAGUGAAACUGUGUCGUUUUUACUUUUAUUUAUGCAGGAUGUCAAAGCGCCGCGUUCUUAUGAGCGCAAAACAAACCGAGUUAAUUCUAUCGAACUAAAACGACGUCGACAAGAAACAAAGUGACGACUCAUGAGUCUUUAUCAGGACACAUCAGGCGGAUCGAACAGCGUUCAGUACAACAGCGGACUCUGGUCUGUGAUGGUCUCAGAUUCUGCUGCUAGACUUGGAUUCCCCAAGAUCCAGAGGUUCUGGAUCUGAGGCGGCAGAGACCUGAAAAAUGGGCGUAAAGAAAGACGAGGAUCUGGGUCUCUGAAACAAGUGAAAUGAUGCCGAAGAGUCGUCUGCAGAAAACAGGAGCGUGUCGAACAUCCGAAUGUGUCGAACAUUCACUGAAACACUCUGAGUGACAUGAACUUGUUCCAAAAAAGCUGAACUGUCCCUUUAAGAACUAUCGGACGGUCAUGUGACGCAUGUGUCAGAAAACCGCCAAAGGAGACUUUUAACGUAGAAACACCUUCGUGAAGUUUCAGUGAUCGUACAUGAGGCCUGGAGGGGUUUUCUCGGGCUUUUAAAGAGCGGCUAGUUUUGGCUUCACUUUUCACCGACAUGCACCGAGCGGACAAUCCUUCGAUGGCGGUCAAAAAGACGAACAGAGGCGGUGAAACUGUGGCAGAUAAAUGAUUGGUUUAAAAAAGUACACGUUUCAUUCGUGACCGUUUUCGUUCCUCGUCGGCGUUUAACUCUUUAAACUGCGACACCUUCGUACACCUGGACUGCUGCAGGCCUGAUGUGGCGUAACUCCGCCCCUAAAUCUCCAAAAACUGAUCCAGAUCAAACAGAUGGAAAAACCAGAGCGCAGUCUUCAGCUCAGUCUAAUCCAGGGACAGACUAAAGAGUCGUGACCCUGAAGUCGUGACACUGAGUCACCUUUGGUCCAAUCAGUGAAGCUGCUGACAGCGAGCCUCAUCCUGAGUGACCCGCAGCCGUCACAGAGCCGUCUUUAUACGCAGAGAGAGGAGCUGCUGUUGGCGCUUUAAUCCAAUUUGAAGCAGCAGGAGUCGCUCAUUGUGGAGAUGAUCCGAUUAAUCCGAACCCUCGGCGGGUCACAUGAAACUUCUGCAGGAAACGAAGAGAAGAAGAAGAAACCUGACGGCGGUUUGAAGACAAACUCCUCGCUGGUUCUGAGCGGACGCUCAUCUACGUUUGUUUUUACGACACAGAGUGAAUCUACAUCAAAUAUCUAUGACUGUAUAAGAGUGAAGACAUCUGACAUCUAAAAUCUAUACAAACCAUCUGAAGAGUCUGACGAAAGUUUCCGACUGUUUUUGACUUUCAGCACCAAAGUCAACGUGUUUGAGGACGAGAACGUCUGAAACUCUCCGUCAUCAUUUAAAACUUUAUUUAAAUUAUGACUUUUAUCAAACCCAGAAUUAAAAACAGGCUGAAGUUAAAUUAAAAUAGAGUCAGUUAGAAAUCCGACAGACUUUACGAUCAUCGCAGAGUGAAACUUUAAAGUAAAUUCAGUCUGAAAAUAUCGUCAAACUCGCCGCAGUGAAACUUCUGUUUCCUCCUCCUGAAAUCAGACGUUCGUCUCCUCGCCGUUUUCUUCUUUUCGUUCUUCGUUUCUUUUUUCAUGUUUUUUUUUUUCUCAGCUGAUGAAACUUUUUAGACUUUUUGAGUUUUUUCUGAACUUUGUGAAGAAACAAAGAUUUUCAGCUAAACGCCGACAUGCUUCACAGAUCCUGGCUUUGACCUUUGACCUGAGGACAGUCUGGAUAGUCCUCUUUAGGACGCCACGUCCACGGUUUUCCAAAACUAUCAGACUUCAGUCCUGUCCAGGGAAGCCGGCGCCGUUUCUGUCUGAGUUUGUGGAUGUAGACCUGAUGAAGGUUCCUGAAGUCCUCCUGAGUCCACGUGGUCAGACCCUUCACAGACCUGAUGAAGGUUCCUGAAGUCCUCCUGAGUCCUUGUGGUCGGACCUGAUGAAGGUUUCUGAAGUCCUCCUGAGUCCUCGUGGUCAGACCUAAUGAAGGUUUCUGAAGUCCUCCAGAGUCCACGUGGUCAGACCCUUCACAGACCGGAUGAAGGUUCCUGAAGUCCUCCUGAGUCCACGUGGUCAGACCCUUCACAGACUGAUGAAGGUUCCUGAAGUCCUCCAGAGUCCUCGUGGUCAGACCUGAUGAAGGUUUCUGAAGUCCUCCUGAGUCCUCAUGGUCAGACCCUUCACAGACCUGAUGAAGGUUCCUGAAGUCCUCCUGAGUCCUCGUGGUCAGACCCUUCACAGACCUGAUGAAGGUUUCUGAAGUCCUCCAGAGUCCACGUGGUCAGACCUGAUGAAGGUUUCUGAAGUCCUCCUGAGUCCUCAUGGUCAGACCCUUCACAGACCUGAUGAAGGUUCCUGAAGUCCUCCUGAGUCCACGUGGUCAGACCCUUCACAGACCUGAUGAAGGUUCCUGAAGUCCUCCUGAGUCCUCGUGGUCAGACCCUUCACAGACCUGAUGAAGGUUUCUGAAGUCCUCCAGAGUCCACGUGGUCAGACCCUUCACAGACCUGAUGAAGGUUUCUGAAGUCCUCCUGAGUCCACGUGGUCAGACCCUUCACAGACCUGAUGAAGGUUCCUGAAGUCCUCCUGAGUCCUCGUGGUCUGACCCUUCACAGACCUGAUGAAGGUUCCUGAAGUCCUCCAGAGUCCACGUGGUCAGACCCUUCACAGACCUGAUGAAGGUUUCUGAAGUCCUCCAGAGUCCUCGUGGUCAGACCCUUCACAGACCUGAUGAAGGUUUCUGAAGUCCUCCUGAGUCCUCGUGGUCAGACCCUUCACAGACCUGAUGAAGGUUUCUGAAGUCCUCCAGAGUCCUCGUGGUCAGACCUGAUGAAGGUUUCUGAAGUCCUCCAGAGUCCUCGUGGUCAGACCCUUCACAGACCUGAUGAAGGUUUCUGAAGUCCUCCAGAGUCCACGUGGUCUGACCCUUCACAGACCUGAUGAAGGUUUCUGAAGUCCUCCUGAGUCCUCGUGGUCAGACCUAAUGAAGGUUUCUGAAGUCCUCCAGAGUCCUCGUGGUCAGACCCUUCACAGACUGAUGAAGGUUUCUGAAGUCCUCCAGAGUCCACGUGGUCAGACCUAAUGAAGGUUUCUGAAGUCCUCCAGAGUCCUCGUGGUCAGACCCUUCACAGACUGAUGAAGGUUUCUGAAGUCCUCCAGAGUCCUCGUGGUCAGACCCUUCACAGACCUGAUGAAGGUUUCUGAAGUCCUCCAGAGUCCUCGUGGUCAGACCUGAUGAAGGUUCCUGAAGUCCUCCAGAGUCCUCGUGGUCAGACCCUUCACAGACCUGAUGAAGGUUUCUGAAGUCCUCCAGAGUCCUCGUGGUCAGACCCUUCACAGACUGAUGAAGGUUCCUGAAGUCCUCCAGAGUCCACGUGGUCAGACCCUUCACAGACUGAUGAAGGUUUCUGAAGUCCUCCAGAGUCCUCGUGGUCAGACCUGAUGAAGGUUCCUGAAGUCCUCCAGAGUCCACGUGGUCUGACCCUUCACAGACUGAUGAAGGUUUCUGAAGUCCUCCAGAGUCCACGUGGUCUGACCCUUCACAGACUGAUGAAGGUUUCUGAAGUCCUCCUGAGGGUCUCUCAGUGUUUCUCCUCUCGAUGGUUUGAUGUCGAUGAUGAAAUCGCAGUUGUUGACAAAGUGCUGAACCUGGUCCCGUCCUGGUUCGUGAAGGACUGAGUCUUUCAGGGAUCCUCCUUCGCCAAUCAGAGGCGAAGGAGGCGGGACUUUCCCCUACCAUCCUACAACAACAAAAAUCACGGAGGGCUCCUAUUGGUCAAUGUUUCUGAAGCUGAUAGGAUGAACGGAUUUUUCCGAUCUUUCUUCUCUUCACUAUUGGACCAUGAUCGCCAUGGAAACGAGGUUCAUAAUAAUGACCAUCUCUACAAUCGUCAACCAGGACUUUAAAGGGACACCUCCUCACUAAGUUGACCUCUGGAUAGGGGUCACCACUGACUUCUCGUCCAAUAGAAAACCUCGACCUUAACGCCUCGCUGCUCUCGGCCGAGUUCGCCGCAGGAUCAGGUCAGAUCGUCCAAUAAAAACGCUGAGUCAAUCACCGCGCUGAUUCCAGGAACAGACGGGUGUUUCCCUCCUGUACAUGAGGGGGAGGGAGAGGGGGAGGGAGAGAGGGAGGGAGAGAGAGAGGGAGGGAGAGAGGGAGGGAGAGAGGGAGAGAGGGAGACAGAGAGACAGAGAGGGAGGGAGUUGAGCAACAGAGGAGGAGGACUGUUGAGAAAGAGGAGCGAGACGAAGGAGAGAAAGAGGAGGAUGAAGGAAUUAGGGCCAAGAGAUUUGUUUGUGUGUGUGUGUGUGUGUGUGUGUGUGUGUGUGUGUGUGUGUGUGUGUGUGUGUGUGUGUGUGUGUGUGAGGACAAGGGGACAUCUCAGCCUGUCUCCAGCCGGUAUGGUAGCCCCACUGGGACAUUUCCAUAUUGAUGUUUUUCUCUCUGUUGUUUUUGAGACCGGAGAGAACAAAGGAGUUAAAAAGAGGAGGAGUUAGGAAGAAACGAGGGAGGAAGGAGAGGAGGAUGAGGAGACAAGGACAGGAGGGAGGGAGCUGGAGAUAACGAACAGACAAGGAGGUUAAAAACGGACAGAAACUCUCCGACAGUUCGGACAGAAUCAGCUGAACAUGAACAAAUCUGGUUCUGUAUGUUUAAAGUAGUACCAUUAAUGUCCACAAGGUGGCGCAAUGACUGUAGUGUAGACAUAGACACAGAGACUUUUAUUAUGUACCGUAUUUUUCGGACUUCAGAUCCUUUUGGCUUGUCAGAGCGCUGCGGCGACUGUAACCUCGCCGAGUUAUUGACCGAGUUUGACUUAACUGUUUGGAUUAAUGUGUUUUAUAAUCCGGUGCGUUUUAUAAUCCGGUGUGUUUUAUAAUCCGGUGUUUUAUAAUCCGGUGUGUUUUAUAAUCCGGUGUUUUAUAAUCCGGUGUGUUUUAUGAUCCGGUGUGUUUUAUAAUCCGGUGUUUUAUAAUCCGGUGUUUUAUAAUCCGGUGCGUUUUAUAAUCCGGUGUUUUAUAAUCCGGUGUUUUAUGAUCCGGUGUUUUAUAAUCCGGUGUUUUAUAAUCCGGUGUGUUUUAUAAUCCGGUGUUUUAUGAUCCGGUGUUUUAUAAUCCGGUGUUUUAUAAUCCGGUGCGUUUUAUAAUCCGGUGUUUUAUAAUCCGGUGUGUUUUAUGAUCCGGUGUUUUAUAAUCCGGUGUUUUAUAAUCCGGUGCGUUUUAUAAUCCGGUGUUUUAUGAUCCGGUGUUUUAUAAUCCGGUGUUAUUUAUAAUCCGGUGUGUUUUAUAAUCCGGUGUUUUAUAAUCCGGUGUUUUAUGAUCCGGUGUUUUAUAAUCCGGUGUUAUUUAUAAUCCGGUGUGUUUUAUAAUCCGGUGUUUUAUAAUCCGGUGUUUUAUAAUCCGGAGUGUUUUAUAAUCCGGUGCGUUUUAUAAUCCGGUGUUUUAUAAUCCGGUGUUUUAUGAUCCGGUGUUUUAUAAUCCGGUGUUUUAUAAUCCGGUGUGUUUUAUAAUCCGGUGCGCUUGUGUAUGAAAAUAGACUCCAAUAGACACGUUCAUUGAUGGUGCGCCUUAAAAACACGGUAUCUGAAAAACGAAACUGAUCCGACGCCGUGCGAAGGAGCUUCAGUUACUUCAUUUUUCACGAUAAGACAUCAAAGUCUAAGAAGCCACGCCCCCUGACGUUCAAACUGCACUUCACAAACGUUUGAGUUAGUUACACAAAAACUCACGGAAACCUUUUGACCUCGACCUCAAGGAGACGCGCCUCAUCCUGCAGACGUUAAAACCUGAACUCGCCGUCCGCCGUCACAGAACUCUGUCUGUGUUUGGACUGAUCACGCCAGCUCCCGUUUCAGUGUUAUUGUAAUUAAUCUGAUGUGUGUGUGUGUGUGUGUGUGUGUGUGUGUGUGUGUGUGUGUUUGGUCCACCUCUCUGUUUGGACCUUUUUUACCUCCUGAAUAAAAACUCAUUCCUCCACGGUUCCUCCCGGACGGACGGGCGCAGGUUUGGCGCGGAGCGGCGUCGUGAUGUAACUGUAAACUUGGCUGAAUGUUUGUCCUCUGGGUUUGUUUUUAUGGGUUUCUAAGCGCCGAUAAUCGGCGGGGCUCGGCACAGAUGAUGAAAUACUCGCCGUCCUGCAGUAUGAGGGCGGGUCUGUGAGUCUUACAGGGUCUCCUGCUGAGAGUCUUUCUCUGCAGGUCUCUGAUCCGGUUUCAGGCUCUGAUGAAACUGUUUGUUUUAAUCUGAAACUCGGCAGGAACCCCGAGGCGUCAUGUGACCUGUGAAAGUCACAUCAUGUCAUAAUGGUCGGCUCUGGAUUGGUCGGACUGUCGCAGAAUCGCAGGUGUGAGGAUGUAGGGGAACUUUUUGAACCCCCUUCACUACCAGCUCCCCCCGCCGUGUCAUCGGCGUUCAGGGAUGUAGGCGUGUCUUCGAUCCUCCGCCAUCCUGACAGAGAAAGAACAUUGGUUUAGGACGCAGCGUUCACCUGCGACGUCGCAGAUCCAGGAAACUCGUUAUGAGACGAAGAGAGGGGGCGGGGCUGCAGGGUUCUGAAGGUUCUGAGCCCGACGGUCCGAAACCUCAGGAUCCAAAAGAAAGAACAACAGGGUUCUGUCUGAGAGUUUAACACCCCCCCUUUAGUGAGUGUGUGUGUGUGUGUGUGUGUGUGUGUGUGUGUGUGUGUGUGUGUGUGUGUGUGUGUGUGUGUGUGUGUGUGUUUAUUUGUCCGGCGAUGACACACAACACAAACAAUAGUCAGGGGUCUCCUCCACAUUCCUGCCUCUCUCCAGGCUCUCUCAACAUCUGCUCCGUGUUUUGACUUUGGGGUCACGUGUGUGGUCAUGUUAACACACACACACACACACACACACACAUACACACACACACACUCACACAUACACACACACACACACACACACACACACACACACACAGAUUUCAACAGUUAUCAGUUGAAUGUUUUUGGACUUUGAACAUAAACUGAUGAUAAACUUUUCUGUCUGUGUUACAACAUCUAUACUGUUAGAGGAGAACAUCUAUACUCUACAACAUCUAUACUGUUAGAGGAGAACAUCUAUACUCUACAACAUCUAUACUGUUAGAGGAGAACAUCUAUACUCUACAACAUCUGUAUCUGAUCAACACCAAAACAGACGUGAUGUUUAUCAUUUACAUGAAACUCUCUUUAGGCUCUUUUUCGUCUGUCGGGUUUUUUACUUUUUACAGCUGAGGAAGUUAAACGACCUUCAAUCAUCGAGUUUGGAGCAAAAAGAAAAAAAAGUUUUAAAAAGUUUUAAAAAGGUUUAAAAGGGUUUAAAAAGUUUUUAAAAGUUCUUAAAAGUUUUUAAAAGGGUUUAAAAAGUUUUAAAAAGGUUUAAAAGGGUUUAAAAAGGUUCAUCGGCGUCACAUUUAUCUGAGAGUUCCUGCUGCAGAGCCGACUUCACCGACUUCAGAGUCAGCCCAGACAUCUGGAUCUUGUAGCUCCACACCUGUGCAGGUAGACCUCCAUCAGAGGGUUACCUCCAUCAGAUCUCCACCAUAAUUAUGAAUCCUGCCGACAGACAGUUGGAGAUGAUUUCGUCAAAAAGACACAAAAAUCUCAAAAAGAAAAACAUGAACCAGCUCUGAGCUCUGCUGUCCCUGCAGACAGGCGUCAUCACUGUGGAGGAAACGACCUUUACAGACAGACACGCUGGUGUAGGAGGUCAGUCACGGGCCGAGGUCAGAGGUCAAACCGUGAAUGAGAAGGUGUCAUCAGACGCUCGGCCUCCUCAGGAAACCCGCGGGUUAAAUCUGAUCAUUUCCUGUCUGAACAUGUCGGGGUCACUCAGGGUCAGGAUGUUCUUCUCUAACCUCGAAAAACAGAAACCAGACGUCCGCCCUGAACUCGGCGCCAUCAGAUCUUCACGAGACAGAAAACCUCGAAGUGAAGCGUUUCUUCUUUUUGUCUCUGUUUGAGAUUCAUGAUCCUCGCCGAUCAGCGGAAGAGUUAAACCGAGACGCUGAAUGUUGAGAUGAUGAAGUUCAAUUCUGAUCAGAAUAAACGAAGUUUUAGUUUGGGGGGGUUAGAAAAACCACCUCAGAGUCCGAACGCCUCUCUGACCGCGCGAGUCUCAAACGUGGAGAUCAAUUUUUAAACAGCUUAAAAAAAAAGACUCAGAUUAAACCGGUUUAAGUUUUUUUUUUAUCACUUUAUGUAAAAAAAUCUGAGGAGGUUAAAGACGGACAGGAGCCGCCGACAGAGCGAGGGCGCCGUUAUUACAGAGCGAGGGCGCCGUUAUUACAGCGCUGCGUUUGUGGAGUCACACUUUAUUUUUUAUAGUUAGAGUAAAUAUUAUUAUAUUAAAUAUCAUAUAAUUAUAUUAAAUAUAUUAUUAUAUUAAAUAUCAUAUAAUUAUAUUAAAUAUAUUAUUAUAUUAAAUAUCAUAUAAUCAUAUAAUUAUAUUAAAUAUAUUAUUAUAUUAAAUAUCAUAUAAUUAUAUUAAAUAUAUUAUUAUAUUAAAUAUCAUAUAAUUAUAUUAAAUAUAUUAUUAUAUUAAAUAUCAUAUAAUUAUAUAAAAUAUAUUAUUAUAUAAAAUAUAUAAUUAUAUUAAAUAUAUUAUUAUAUUAAAUAUCAUAUAAUUAUAUUAAAUAUAUUAUUAUAUUAAAUAUCAUAUAAUUAUAUUAAAUAUAUUAUUGUAUUAAAUAUCAUAUAAUUAUAUUAAAUAUAUUAUUAUAUUAAAUAUCAUAUAAUUAUAUUAAAUAUACUAUUGUAUUAAAUAUAUAUAAUUAUAUUAAAUAUAUUAUUGUAUUAAAUAUCAUAUAAUUAUAUUAAAUAUAUUAUUAUAUAAAAUAUAUAAUUAUAUUAAAUAUAUUAUUAUAUUAAAUAUCAUAUAAUAUUAUUAAAUAUACUAUUGUAUUAAAUAUAUAAUUAUAUUAAAUAUAUUAUUAUAUUAAAUAUCAUAUAAUUAUAUUAAAUAUAUUAUUGUAUUAAAUAUCAUAUAAUUAUAUUAAAUAUAUUAUUGUAUUAAAUAUCAUAUAAUUAUAUUAAAUAUAUUAUUAUAUUAAAUAUCAUAUAAUUAUAUUAAAUAUAUUAUUGUAUUAAAUAUCAUAUUAUGAUGACGGUUGUUAUUCGUCAUGUUGUGAUUGACAGCUCCUUGACUGAUACUCAGAGGUCAGAAAAACGAAGUUUAUCAGAAACACUAAAUUAAGACUAAAACACGUUAAACCCUUAACUUAACGACGCAGGAGGACAUCUACUUUAAUCUGUUCUAUCUAUACUGUUGAAGUCUAUUCAGUUUUAGUCUAUUUGAUGCUGUUCUGGACUAUUCUCUUCUAUUCUCUUCUAUUUUAAUCUAUUUUAAUCUAUUCUAGUUAAAUUCAUCCUGCUCUAUCUUACUUUCAUCUUUUCUAUUCUUUUCAGUUCUAGUCCGUCCUUCACUGUUCUGAUCUAUUUUAUUCUAUUAUGUUCAAUUUUAUUCAUUUGAAUUAUAUUUUAUUCUACUCUAUUCUAGUCUUACCGUCACACAGGUCCGAAUCAGACGGUUCUGUUUCUGACCAGCGCCUCUCUGUUUGCAGAAAUGGGAUCCUUCCCUGAAGAUGGUCGCUGAAGGCUACGCUGCGAAGUGUAUCUGGAACCACAACCCGGACCUGGAGGAGACCGGAGAGAACCUGUUUGCCAGCACCAAGCCCAUGGACCCCCGGGAGGCUCUGGAGGAGUGGUUCCUGGGUCUGUUUGUUUACUCCAGUUUCGCUGCUCCUACAUCCUUCAAAAUAAACUUUUAAUAACGUCACGUAAAUAUCGACUGAUUCAGGUUUAAGGUCGGUAAAGAUGUUGUUUAAUGAUGUCGACAGGAUCUGAUACCGACAGGAAAAGUCUCAAUAAUCCGAUCAAACACCGACGAUGACUCCUGACAUGAUCACCUGAGCGUAGGGCUGGGCGAUAAAACGAUAUCGAUAUAAAACAUCGUCAAAAUGCUUUUUCGAUAGUCGGCAUUACCGAGGAGUAACGGACGUUCUCUCUUCUCGGAAUCGGAAUGACCAUGGUGCGUUCAGGAGCGUCGGACAAUUGAAAACUCACCGUAAAACACGAAAUAACGUUUUUUACAUGAAAACACGAAACAACACGAGCUUUCUAAGAGGUAUUCUGUCUCCACGGCAACGCCUUACAACAAGACGCCGCAGAGACACAGAGACCUCACAGAUGCAGGAGAUUCUUGAAUAAGACAUGCGACCAGAAAACACUGUUCGAUUUAUAUCCUGAUAUUGAUCGAUAUCAGCUGAUCUGAGCCCUACCUGAGCUAAUGUCAUGUUUCUACGGCGACACCAGUCGAGGAAAACAAAAACUUUCUUUAAAAUACGAUCUUUGAAACUCGAUCUUUGACUUUGGUGAGAAAAGAUCGACUUUCAGAAACACGAUCGUAAAUCUGAGAGACGAUGCUGCAGCGACGUUCAAGACGAGCUCAGAGACACACACGCGCACACACACACACACACACACACACACACACACGCACACACACGCACACACACACACACACACACACUAAUCUCACCUGCUGUGUUUCUCUGUUUCCUGUAGAAAACCUGAACUAUGACUUCAACAACAACAGCUGUGAUGAGGACAAGAUGUGUGGACACUACACACAGGUCAGACUCCAACACAACACACACACACACACACUGGUGUCUACACACUCUGCCUCACCACGUGUGUGUGUGUGUGUGUUUCAGAUGGUGUGGGCGGACACACACAGAGUCGGCUGUGCGACACAUUUCUGCAGCAACAUGGAGGGUCUGGACUGGGGGAAGGCGUACUUCCUCGUCUGUAACUACUAUCCAGCGUCAGUACCAACACACACAGACACACACAGACACACACACAGACACAGACACACACAGACACACACACACACAGACACACACACACACAGACACACACAGACACACACAGACACACACACACAGACACACACAGACACACACAGACACACACACAGACACAGACACACACACACAGACACACACACACACACACAGACAGACACACAGACGUGUGUCAUCAGUUCAGUCUGUCCUCUCUAAAAGUGUAAAUCUGAAGUUUCUGCAGCGUCUCGUUUUUCUGUUCCGUCUCCUUAUAGAGAAACCAGAACCGGAGUUUCUGUUCGGGUCAUUUCUGGAUCAGUACCAGAGUUCUUCUGCCAUUUCUUUCAUAUUGAUCUACUGCUGCAUUAGAAUGAGAGCGCCCCCUUGUGGAUAAUUUCAGAAUUGCAACAGCUUCAGUUUUUAUAUGUUGAAUUUUUCAAUCAAAUUUUAAGACGAAGAAAUUCAAGAAAAUUUUAGUAACACUUUACUUGACGUCUAUUUCUGUAACACAUUAUAAAUAUAUUUGUAUAAUCCGUAAUAAUUAUAUUAUAUUACUGUUUAAUAUACGGUUUCCCGUAACCAAACAAUCAUUUAAACAUUAAUAAUCAAAUAUUUGGAGGCUUUUCCAGUUUUUUACCGACUAUAUUUCUGUUCAUGUUGUUGUUUAUUAAUAAUAAAAUAAUAAUAAUAUUUUAUUCUGCAGAAAAACGUCACGUUCACCGUCUGAGGUGUGGAAACAUUUUCACACGAGCUCAUGUUGAAGGAGAAAUAUUUACAUUUAUGUUCAGAGACGAUUCAGUUUCUUUAAAUUAUUCAAACUUACAGUUAAUUCCCAAUAAAAGUUUGAAUAUUUCCAAAAUUCCCCGGCGUGACUAAAAGUGAUUUUAUUUCCACAGGAAGAACCUGAAGUUCACGUGUUUUUGUGUUUUUCACUCUCUGUGUUGUCAGAGGGAACUAUGAAGGCGAGCGGCCGUACGUCGAAGGUGAUUGGUGCUCCAGGUGUCCUGAAAACCUCCAGAAGUGUGAGAACAACCUCUGUGGUGAGACGGCGCUUUACUUUCACUGAUCAAAGUUCGAUCAGAAAUAUUCGAUUCAGCUCAGAAACGACUUUUUUUGGUUCUUUGUAGUCGAUGACUCCGAGGAGGAGAUGGAGGAGGAAGGAGAGGAGGCGGAGGAAGAGGAGGUGACGGAUUUCCCCGUCACCACCGAGCCCUUCUUCCUGCCCGACGAGGAGGAAAUGGAAGAGGAGGCGGUUGUUCCUUCUCCUGCGACUACUGACGCUUACGUCCCACCGAUGACCACCGAUAUGACCACGACUGCAACAACAACGACCACGGCGUCGACCACUCCCCCUGAUAUCAACACCACCUCUGAGGAAGACUCCGAGGAAGACUCUGAAGAAAUGGAAGCAGAGGUCACCGCCGCCCCGAGGACACAGCCUCCAGAAGACCCCUCAACGACACCGGGGAGUCACGAGGAGGUGGGGGAGGAGAAAGAGGAGGAGGAGACGGAGGAGGAGGAGAAGGCGGAGGAGGAGGAGAAGGUGGAGGAGAAGAAGGCGGAGAAAGAGGAGGAGAAGGCAGAGGAGAAGAAGAAGGGGGAGGAGAGGAAGGAGGAGGGGGUGGAGAAGAGGAAGCCGGCGGAAAAAGCCGAGAGAGACGUGGUGGUAAAAAUAUUCCAGAACCAUCGAGUGACGGUCAGCGCCGGUUCGGUUUGUUCACCGUCGGUCCUGUUAGCCUGCCUGACUGGGAUCCUGACUCUGAGGCUGUGA